GCCCAAAUCGCAAUCUGGUCUGGUAAUUCCUGUGAAUCGCUCGUGUAAAGAUUCUCUCUCCUCCUGUUGUUGUUGUUGCAGAUGCGUAUAGGUACCUACACGGUACACGUGCUACGUGUGUACGUAUGCGUUGGAGAUGAGGGUUAACUGAGGAGAAACGGAAGGGAAAACCGCGAGCAUUGCCAUGGCCGAUCGUGUUCCAGGUUCGAGUAGACAGUCAUUGUCUCCACCUGGAUUCGAGCAAAGGUACAAUGACUGUUGUUGGAGGCAUGGUGUGGUGCCUAAUAAAGCUCUUUUGUCAGCUUUCUUCAAGUCAGGCUGAAGCUAAGAAAGUCGGCCGCCAGCUUUGCAGCCUUGUGGUUUUCUUGGAUGACUUGAAAGAUGCUGAUUUCCUUCCACUUCUCGAUAUGUUUAUGGAAAUCGGCACUUCUGAUAUUGAUGCAGUUGAUAUAUUUCAUUAUUCGUCCUGUGACUUGAAUGGAGAAUAUGUUUUGUUGUUGUUGCGAGCUAUCAAUCAAAAACUUAGAGUUGUCAAUAUCAGGGAUGCAUCCUUUGGGAAGGAAUUUUUGCGGGAUCUUUCUCAAAGAGGUUUGACAUGCCAAGUGUUAAACUUGAGGCCCUCCCAUUUCCGGAAGCUCAAUAUGGUUGGGAAGUUCAUUCAUUUACGCUCCCUUAACCUCGAUUUCAGCAGCUCGCUGACAAGUUUGCGGAAGGAUUGUUUUACUUGUAUGCCAAAUCUGAACUGCCUUUCAUUAUGUGAGACAAGAAUCGCAAAUCUCUGGACAACUAGUUCUGCACUGUUGAAGCUUCCUUCUUUGGUGGAACUCCGCUUUCAGAAAUGCUUGUGUUGUGAUGACACAGGGCCUUGUCCUGGUUCAACUGGUGGGAAGAGUAUUGAUUCAGUUCAGAUGGACAGUGAAAUUCGUGUUGGAGCACCAUCCUCUUUUGAUGAAGAUUAUUAUCACUAUCUAAACUCGGAAGAGGCUGAUUUGUUCGAUGAAGUUGAAAGCGGUUAUGAGGAUACAUCAGAUGAUAGUGAAGUGGAUUUUACAAAUCACCCAAGGGAAACUAGCAUGUUGGGUGCAUAUUCUGAUGUCAUUCCUCAGUGGAAUGGGUUGGUUGAUUUGCAAACUGAGAUCUCUUUUGGGACGUUGGCAAUGCAAGAUGAGGAUGGGUCCUCCCCAAAGUCCUCCAACUCUAGACACACCACAUCUACAGUGCCAAAGAAGUAUAUUGCGUGUCAUCCUUCACCAAUAUGCUAUGAGAAACAUUACAGAGAGUACAUGGUAGCUUCACUACCCAGUUUGAAAGUUCUCGAUAACUUGUCCAUUGAAAAAACUGAUAAAGAGAGAGCCAAUGGUAUCUUUUCACAACACUUUGAGUACCUUCCAUACAGGAGGAAGAAUAAGGAGAGUGUUGUUAGUAUCUUGCAUAAGCGUGAAAUUAGAGCUAGCUGUUCAAACUCACAAAAUUGGAGGCGGAAGCCAUUGUAUGUUUCGGCAAAGUCUCAAUGUUUCUUUUCCAGGUCACUUUCCGCUGCAAAAGUUGGUUCUUCUGCUUGGCCUCUCUUGCAUCCGCUUUCUAUUUCAGGAGAUGAAAGCAGAAGUUUCCGUCCACGGCAAUUUGAAUACCAUCCUUCUGACUCGAGUCUUAUGGCUUUUGGUACUUUGGAUGGGGAAGUAGUUGUCAUCAAUCAUGAAAAUGGAAAAAUUGUUAGUUACAUCCCAUCACUGAGAGGAAUGAAUAGUGUGCUGGGACUAUGCUGGCUCAAAAAGUAUCCAUCCAAGCUCAUUGCUGGUUCGGACAAUGGUUCGCUAAAAUUGUGCGACAUCAAGCCUAUUUCUUCAAGAAACAAGGGAACCAAUUCCAGUGCCCAUUCUGUUACCUUUGAUGAGUUUGAUCAGUUGACAUCUGUUCAUGUAAACUCAACGGAUGAAUGGUUUCUCGCAAGUGGGUACUCGAAAAACGUUGCUUUGUAUGACAUUGGCUGUGGAAGACGCUUGCAAGUGUUCGUUGACAUGCACCGAGAGCACAUUAAUGUUGUUAAGUUUGCAAACCAUUCUCCUUCCAUUUUUGCUACGUCAUCCUUCGAUCAGGAUGUUAAGAUGUGGGAUCUGAGACAAAAACCAAUUUUCCCUUGCUAUACGGCUGCAAGCUCGCGAGGAAAUGUGAUGGUAUGCUUUUCCCCUGAUGACCACUAUCUUCUUGUGUCAGCCGUUGACAAUGAGGUUAAACAACUUUUGGCUGCUGAUGGGAGGCUUCAUCUGGACUUUAACAUAGUUUCAACAGGAAGCUCACAAAAUUACACUCGUUCUUAUUACAUGAAUGGAAGAGACUAUGUCAUCAGUGGAAGCUGUGAUGAAAAUGUAGUACGUGUUUGUUGUGCUCAAACUGGAAGACGCCUGAGGGAUUUAUCAUUGGAGGGUAAAGGGGCAGAGGCUUCGAUGUUUGUGCAGUCUUUGAGGGGUGAUCCUUUCAGGGACUUUAAUAUGAGUAUUUUAGCAGCCUAUAUACGUCCCAGUUCAAACUCCGAAAUUGUUAAGGUGAAUUUGCUUGCGUCAAGCGACUAUGCCAAAGAAGACUCUGAUGGCCUGCAUUCUCGCCUGUCCUGCAGCAUGGGAGGUUGAUAGGUAUGCACACAACUCCAAAAUGUACAUAAAUUGUUGUUGCAUAUUCUAUAAUUUUCUUUCUCAUGGUUAGUGGUAAAUAGUUUUGCUGGGUAUCCUGGGGUCUAGAUAUCGAAGAAAUGUAUUGUAUACUUUAGUGUUGUUUCCUUCUAUUUAUCAGCCGAGUACUGUAAUAAUGGCCAUGAAUUUAUGUUCUGUAUUAUGUAUUUUGUAUGCUGUAUGUAAAUAAUAAACUUACUUUUUCCCGAAAAGCGUCUCUUUAACAAAUGAUCACUGGAGAUGUGUAAGUAUUUUGCCCAGCAUAUCAUAUAUAAUGUCCAAGAGUUGAGAAGGAA